UACUGAACUACAGAGGCAGCCAAGGGGAAUUUACGGGAACUUUCCAUGCGUCACUGAAACACGUGAGUGGCGGGAGAGUUUACAAUGAGGAGGAGGUACUUGGGUGUGACUGACGCUUACCUUGUCCAAUCACAGCAUGAUACGACGACGCGAACUUGUUUAUUUAAGGAGAGUCGUCGCAAUUGUUCGACAUUCACUCUACUACAACAUCGCAACUGAAAAUAUGCCUGCACGACUACUCAACGUUUGAGAUAUUUUACAUACGUAGAAAGUAAUACUUUAGGGGAAAAUGAAAUAUUUUCUUACGGUACGACAACUGACGAGGGAGAGUAAUCUAGUUGUUUUCGACGAGCGAUAUCAGAAUACGUGAGGAUAAUUGUUCGAAUUAUAGACAUGGCUCGAGUUAAAAUGGCAUCAAGUGGCAUCAAUUCUUCUGCGACUAGUUCUCAUCGAACUGCGAUGGAGAGGUUUGGCGACCGUGGUAUGGCACUCCUACCGUGGAUCAUGCAUAUACUGACCGUACUGUGGGAACAACUACGGUCGUUGGUCCAUGUCAUUUACUACAGUUUCUUGUCAGGUACAGUAAAGUUCAUUUCCAUUUCUGUGGUGUUGUAUCUGUCAAACUGCUUUGCUUUAUCUUGGCCAGGUCGCAGUUACAAAUGAGAACGUGUUUUCAACGAGCCUACCUGGUUAAAUAAAGUUUUCCAUAUGUUCAGGUUUGAAGUUCACCUAAGAAUCAACUCUGUCUCCGGAAAUUCCCACACAGGGGCCUUUCUGCCCAGUCUACAGGCUGAGGCGAUGUGCUGCAGAUUGGUGGACGACUUUGUGUCCCAUGCCAGGAUGGAUAGCGAUUAUGGACUUUAUCUUGGACACCACCCCAGCUGGAAACUGGGCUUUCCAAGUGACUGUAACCUGUUAGUGAGCAGCGCUGACCAUAGCUCCAGCUUGGAUGAAAUGUCUCGCAACAACAAGGAGAAAGUGUUUGACUUUAAAACCAAACAUGACACCACCGAAGAUGAUCUGAGUGUUUACUGGGGUAAAGAGGAUGACCGAAACAUGGGAGCAUUUGACAGUGAGGACAGUAAAGCACUUUGCGAGUCCCUGGCCAUCUCCAGUGACCCUUACAACCCCUUCUCUUUCCCCUCCUGCAAUUCAAGCUGCUCCAAUAUGGAGGAAACAAAAAAUGAAGAUCAAGUUGGCGGCGGCGGCCUCGACUGUAACUUGUCCAGCCGGCCGGGUGAAGAACUUCAAGAGCGCCUCGGUGGCUUGAACAUCUGGACCAGUCGUUCAGAUAGCGAAAGCAGCUGGGGGAGUUCUGAUGAUUCCUGCGCAGACCUGGACGAAGAGGAGAGCGACAGACUCUGGGCGCUCUUCACCAGCCCCGUCGACCCAUACAACCCCCUGUGUUUCACAGCAUCUGUAGCCAGCUCAGUCCCUCACACUGACAAAACACUUACACACUCCCAGGAGGCUGAAAGGGCCUCAGUCCUGCCCUCAUGUUCUUUUGACAGCGAGACCCCUGGCCCUUCCUCCUCUGAGGAUGACACAGAGGAGCAGCUAUGGAGGUCCCGCUCCCAAAAUGAAGACCCUUACCACCCUCUGAACUUCCGUGCCUGCCUCCAGAGCUCCCCUACAACCACAGAGCCACCUGCCUUCAGCACUGGAGACUCACUCACCCCACAGACCUGUCCCACACAGACACCACCCGGCCAGGGUAAGCAGAGGGGCGUUGUGGCCAAAAGCCUCCAAACAACCAGGCACACAAAGCCUUGUCUACCCAAGAGACUGCUAAAGCAGCAUUGCCACCCAGCUACUACACUAGUGCCCUGGAGGAGACCUGAAGCUAAAGUAACAGAAGGACAACCUCAGGAGAAGUUCAACCACCCUCUUAAAAAGGUGCGGUUCUCACCACUUGUCCAGGUCCAUGUGAUGCAUACUUGGCCCUUUGCCCGGCAGAUGUCUCGCAAAGGACCCUGGGAGGAACUAGCCCGCGACAGAGACCGGUUCCGAAAGAGGAUCCAGGAAACCGAGCAGGCCAUUGGCUACUGCUUCAGUCAAUCACACAGAGACACGAUUCGGGGCAAAUUUGCUAAGCACUUCAACAUCAGCCAUGCCCCUGGUCCAUGAGCUCUGAACACAAAUGUUUUACCAUACCUUCCUAACGAGAACUUUUGAUUGGUUGCAAUGCAACAUAUGGUUUUAGGUCAAUUAUAAUGUAAAGAUGGUGGUUUUAGGCCAAUAGGAUUUGGCAUCAAAUUCUACCUGCACUGUACCUCAACACUGUUGCACUGAUUUUUAUAUUGGAUAUAGUUAUUAUUCAACAUUAAUAUAUGUUAUGUACUUUUGUAUGCCUUACAAUGUAAUUUAUUAAUGCCCUAUGGAGCUUGUUUGAAUUGUACCAGUUUGGAAUGUUAAUCUUUAUCCAGAUAAGUGGUGUAUUUAGAACUAAAAUAAUUAACAGAUGGUAUUUGUGAUCAUACUACAGUUAAUAAACAACCUGUUUGACACCAUAA